GUGGGCCAGCUGCCACGCUGAAGGAGCAUCUCGGCGCACCGGUAUAAAAUCGAGCGCGGCCCUGACCGUCAGUUUGAUUGUGCUCGCGAGUGCUUCGCUGUAAACACUCACUCACUUACUCCUCUUCGACUGGAGCAGCAGCAAGAGCGGAAAACCGACACGGCCACUUUCCGGACACACUCGCUCCUCUUCGCACUAGGAUGAGGUGCACGUUGUUGGUGUUGAUGCUCAGCAUAGCUGUGGCCAUAGUUAGUUGCCAAAGACCAGUACGGCCGCGGCCGUACAGGCCAUUGCGGCGAGGCCCCCCGCCUAUUACGCAACGAAGGGACUUAGCUUACAAGGCCGGCCCGCCUUACUCCAAGAGGGUGCGUCCGCACAUGAUGGUCACCCGCCCCAAGAAGCACAUCACUUCCACCUCGAUAAUGGGCCACCCUUCCGUUUACUCGUCGGUGUACAAAUACCCUCCGCCGCCUCACUCCCGACCUUACAUGGCUGGUCCUCCUGGUCCUCCUAAAAGCUACAAUCGGCCCUACGGAUCACCUAACAAAUACCCAUACUACGGAAAGCCAUCCGGGCCGUACUCGAAAAAGCAGCGCCAGCCCAUGAUCUCGCACGAACAGGUGCCAAAGGAGACCAUUGCACAGUUCCACUCGCCGAAACCCUCCUCGAACAAAGGCACUCCGAUACUGACGUACAACGGCAACUCAAAUCGCCCCUCCGUCAGUUAUGGGUCCAGUGCGAAGAAGCCUUUCUACAACAGCUACGACAGCAACGAGGACCAGAGCAGCAGCGAGGAGGUUUACGGCACGCAACAGGUCGGCGCCUCAAUCAAAUACGGCAAGACUACCCCCGGCGCCGCUGGGCCAGCGCACCCCUCCCUGCUCGACCCCGAGGUGAACAUCAAAUUCCCCGGCCCGGCGUUCACGUCCGCCACGCACGCUUACAAGACCAUCAACGAUAAGCCGGCUUUUCAGCAGGGAGGCCAGCACCACACCGAGACGUCGAUCGUCAAGUUCCAGGACAAUCCUUCCAAGAGAAGAAGGCCGGUGCAAUAUCAAGAAGAAUCUCAGAGCACCAAGUCUACCGCCACGAGGCCAUACUCCACAUUGAAAUUCCCUGACAGCUCCGAGUCAAGCGACGCGACGAGCUACCAGAAUUACGACCACUUCCUCCAAGAAACGUUUGCCCCCGACCUGACGCAGCAGUCACCGAGCUACACGAAGACAAAGCAGCAGAAAAAGAACCGGGGCAAGUCAAGGUACAGAUCUCCGUCCCACUACGAAGUGAAAGACGAGUCCGAGGAAAGAGGAGACUUCUACUCAGACAGUGAAACAGUGGAAGACUACUAGAGGUGCAAAAAUGGUUUCCGUCAUAUACAAGCGGCAAUUAUAUUCACCCGAACCGCUAAAAUCAAUCGUUCUGGUGCGCGCAAGAAACCAAGAAAAACCGCAAUUAGAGACUUGAAAAAUUGCUGGCAGAAUAAGGAGGCCGGCACAGAAGAGAAUAAAGCCACAUCCAGAAAACAGUGCUUAGAAAGUGUGACUAAAAAUAGUGAAGCUCGCGAUGUCUAACCGCGUGUCGAACACCAUCUGAUGUUAUCCACCAUUUAAGAUUAAUUAUAUUUCUCUGUAUUUAAUUUAUUAGAAAAUAAUAUAAAUUAUGUUUCUCCGUA